UUGGCGUCCAUUUCAUGUUUACUCGUCAAGCAAGUUGUCGUUGCCUUGCUUUUCUCUGAGGAUUAAAACUAGAAACUUUUUUUUCUUGACUUCCGCACUUUUGUGACAUUUAAUGAUGAACUUGCUUUCCUUCUUCCUCCUAGUUGUACAAACACACAGCGUGACGCCUGUGAUUCACACGCUGCAGUAUUUCCACACUGCAUGCUCUCAAGUUCCAAACUUCCCAGAGUAUGUGAGUGUUGGUUAUGUUGAUGAAGUUGAGGUGAGUUACUAUGACAGCAACAUCAGGAAAGCAGAAUCCAAACAGGACUGGAUGAACAAAAUCACAGCAGAGGAUCCAAACUACUGGCAGAUAGAAACAGAGAACAAUGUUGUUAAUGAACAUGUCUUCAAAGACAACAUUGAAAGACUUAAGAAGCGUUUCAACCAAACUGGAGGUGUUCACACUUACCAGAGGAUGUCAGGAUGUGAAUGGAAUGAUGAGACUGAUGAAGUUAAAGGUUGGUUUCAGUUCAGUUAUGAUGGAGAAGAUUUCAUAUCGUUGGACAUGAAGACAUGGACAUAUACUGCAGCAAAACAACAAGCUUUCCCCUCCAAACUCAAGUGGGACCAGGACAUAUUUCUACUAGACUACAAUAAGUAUUAUUUCACUGAGCGUUGUCCUUCUUACUUGAAGAAGUAUGUGGAGUAUGGGAAGAAGGUCCUAAUGAGAACAGAGCUUCCAAAGGUGUUCCUCCUCCAGAAGACGGCAUCCUCUCCGGUCAUCUGCAUGGCGACAGGUUUCUACCCCGACCGAGCCGACUUGUUUUGGAGGAAAGACGGCGAGCAGAUCUUCGAGGACGUGGAGCACGGAGAGCUGCUCCCCAACCACGACGGAACCUUCCAGAUGUCGGUGGAGCUGAAAGUGGAGGUGACGGCCGAGGUGGAGGGCAAGUACGAAUGUGUGUUCCAGCUGUCUGGCGUCAAGGAGGACCUGGUCACCAAGCUGGAGAGAAGAAGCAUCCUGAGCAACGCAAGCCAUGAAGCAGCUGUCAAACAAAUCAAUCAUACCAUACCAACAGGCAACGUGAGCGUCACUGCCACGCUGGCGGUCCUCGCUGUGGUGGUCCUCCUGGCGGCCCCCAUCAUCUUCAUCAUCAAGCGUCGCCCAAGCAGACAAGCCCAAUACCAUCCAGCUGCUGGUGACGGUGGUAACGAGCUCUCAGAGAGACGUGAAGGCUGAAGGCUGAGUGACACACAGCACAGUGAGGACUUUGCUUUUUCACGCACCUCCAAAUGUUCUUCUGACUUUGUGUGAAGAUGAUGUUCACUCUGCCACAUGCUAACAUCUGCACCUGCUUUUGUUGGGAAUGUGCUGAGUCAUCUUCUUCCUCCAGGAUGCUUUGUGCACUGGAACACAGAGAGAUGUCUCCAUCGCUGAGGGACCUCAUCACACUUGGACUUUUCUUUCACAUCUGCACUAAUUGCUCCUCGUCUUACACCAUGUCUUCUUUGGCUGUUUAUGGCUGAGAAAACACCUUCAAUCUGCAUUUGUCAACAAUAUUUUGUCAGAUGUUGAUCUUUGUGUCCAUGUAGUUGUGAUGUCAUCAUUUGGGGCUCAUGUGUCAUCACAUUGACAAGGAUUUCUUCUUUCCUUUUCAAACCAAUAGACAGCUGCUUAUCAGUGAAUAUCACCUUGUGUCACAUCUCAUUAUUAUUUUUAACAAUAUUUUGGAACAAUAGUACCAUUUUUAACUACUUUUGAAUGUUAAUGUUGAUUGUUUUUGAUGUAACAUUUAUGGGGAUAGGUUGAUUGGCAACACUAAAUUGGCCCUAGUGUGUGAAUGUUGUCUGUCUAUCUGUGUUGGCCCUGCGAUAUGGUGGCGACUUGUCCAGGGUGUACCCCGCCUUCCGCCCGAUUGUAGCUGAGAUAGGCGCCAGCGCCCCCCGCGUCCCCGAAAGGGAAUAAGCGGUAGAAAAUGGAUGGAUAAAAUUAUGAGAACUGCUGCCCAGUUGUUUUAUCUUCUUUUCUGAUGACAUUAGUCUCAUUUGCAAUGCAGUUGCACUUCCAAGACCAUUAGAUGGCAGCACUGUAUAACUAUUUAUGCUAUGUUGUCCAACUAGAAAGUAGCUUUUUUUUAUCAGGAAAUUAAUUUGUUAGGUUGCGCCCUACAAGGUGUCAAUACUGUAAGAAUAGUUCUCAUUACACAAAACUGUAAAAUUCUAACUAUAAUCUUAGUUGUUGUUUACUUUACCAAAUUCCAAGGUGUUGAAAUCGCCAUGUAAAAUCGCUCAUGUAAAUAGUAGCCUGUCUUUGGCAAAUCCUAUGUAAAUUAGCAAUAAGCUAGCGCAUUUUGGAAGAGUGUCGCAUUACUUUUACGUUUGCGCGUUUUUUUAUUAAGCACUGUGUUGGUGUUGAAAAUGGCAACAUGACUUAGAGGGAGUUUGGCUGAGUCCGGCCUGAGUGCUGCUUGAGUGAUUGUUUACGUGAGCCCGUGUUUAGUCUGAAAGCAGACAUGACCAGUCUGAAACCGGACAUGACGUCACAUGCAACAAAGGUAUCGAACUAUGGCACCGUUUGAUUUUACAUGAAUUGAUAGUACUGAGGGAAUUGGGUCAUCACCUACAAAAGUACUGAAUUGGGUAGCCAACCCUACCAGUUAGUGUGACGGAGGGGGACAGUGACACAAGAUUUUUAUGACAAAGCGUUGACAAUUAUUUAUAUUUUUUGAAAAUAUUUGCUGUUUUUUCCGUUCCUUUUUGCAUAGUCCUAUUUUUGCUUGAUUGCCAAACAUGCCGAGGAUGUCAUUUGGGAAGUAAACAAGGUAGGCCGUUCAUAUACUCUUGAUAUUCAGUGUUUUAUGUGUACAAUGUUUCAUGUACAUUCUGGGGGUUUUAUUCAGUAAAAACUUGUCAAAUACAA